AAAUCCAAACUGGAUCGGAAGCAAAUGUAGGCAUAUUUACAUUGUAAAGGUCAGAGGUUAUAAGGUAUUAUAGGUAAUGCUAUGAAUGUACUUGUAUAGCAAGGUUAAUAUGGUAUAGGUACACCUAUUGAGGAUCAUUGAAUGGGUUGCAAGCACUUGCAACCUCAACCUACAAUGAUGCUACUUGUAAUUAGCAAAGUGUUCAUUUUUCAACUAAGUCCUAGCUCCUAAGUAGGUAGUAAUGUACAGCCUGGACAGAGCCUUUGUGUGAUGGGAUUGACAUUACGGCUGCAGGUUGUCAAAAUAGUUCUGGCUCUUUUGUAGUCUGCUCAUUGGGCCUGAGUUAGAUUCUAAUUGGUAGGUGUGGUUAUUACAUAUCAGAACAUUGCUGAAUUCGAUUGCUGAUAAUGGCUGGUGUCCAGGCUACUCACAGUCCUUCCUUACGUAAGUUCAGUAUAGUUAUUGAUGAAGAAGAAGCUGUUCUGCUUUACAGAGAUGAAGGAGGUAAUACAUGGGAUGCCUAUCACACCGAAGUGCCUCCUAGUCAGCGUGGGAAAGGUCUAGGGGCAGUACUAGCUCAAGCAUUGUUUGCUCAUGUUAGCAAUAACAACCUAAGGAUACGUGUGUCUUGUACUUAUUUACAGCAUUAUGUAACCAAACAUCCUGAAUUGAACAAGUAUUGUGUUUCUUAACUUUUUUUAUUAUUAUUAUUUUUUUUUAUUGUUAAGUUAAAUAGUUUCAACCUGUGGUUUGUUUGGAUUGUUCUUUAAUAUCCAUUGAGCCAACCACUCCUGUUAAUAAUA